GAACCGUUCCUUUCACUUUUCUGCAACACUCUGCAUUCUGCAGUCUGUACUCCAUCUCUCUCUCUCUCUCUUUCUUUUUCUGUGUGUGUCCACUGUCUCUCUCUCUCUCUCUCUCUAUAGCUGCAGGCAGCAAACACAUCUUCCAAUUUUAUGUACCUCUCCCUCUUCUCUUUUCUUCAGGCUAUACGCCAUGACAAGAAAAGCACUCAACACUAGAAAAUAAGUAAAAGCCAUCUUUUAUUUAACUCUCUUCUUUCUGCCUCAGUGUGCUUCUCUUGGUUGGGUUGCUUCACAAGUCGAGAAAGUUUCACAGGACUGGUAUUCGGAUCUCAGUUAUAACUUGCAUUAAAUUUUGCCACCUAGAGCCUUUUCUUUUAGAUGGGGAAUGACUUCAAGAGGUAACAUGAUAUGCAUUCAUGGCUUCACCUAAUUCAUAUCAGUACUCCUCCUCCACCACCACCACAACCUUGCUCAUCAUAGUUCUGCUGCAUCAUCUUCUCUGUCUUGUUUCUAGCUUCAAUCAACCACAGCCUGCGAUUUCUCCCCGGGAACUGUUGUUUGAGGAGAAAAACAGGUUAGGUUCAAUCCCUCCUAGCUGUCACAACAAAUGCAAUGAAUGUCAUCCAUGCAUGGCGGUUCAAGUGCCAACUUUGCCUAGCCACGACCCGGUCCAGCCGGAUCUUACAAAAACCGUUGUCACGGAAAGUUUGUUUAAUCCAUCUUCUCAAGGUAACAGGUACUCCAAUUACAAGCCAUUGGGGUGGAAAUGCCAUUGUGGUGACCACUUCUUCAACCCUUAGAAAUUAUGGUUUAUACCUUCAUGGAGAAUAUCCUCACCUUGGUUUGUAAAAUUAAAA